GGGACCUGCAAUAGGAUGCACCCCACAAUAAAAUCUCUUCCUCUGCCCGCAUUUUUUGGCGCAAACAAAACUAAAGCCCAACGAACGCUACUAUUGCAUGAAAAUAUGGUGGCGACCAUGGCUGUUUCUUGUCCAAAAUUCACUCCUUUUCAGAAUUCAAGCUGUCUCAAGGAACAAAGCUCGAGCUUUCUCGGUGGGUCGUUGAAGGGUGUCUCCUUGCAGCUAAAGCCGAGAAAAGACGGCAAGAAUGUCCCCGGUUUGGUGGUUGCUUCGGCCAGUGCUGCAGCUGAGGCUGCCUCGACUGGCGGCGGCGGCGGUGGGAGGUUUUAUCUGAACAUCACAGGGUUUCCUUUCCCUCUUGGCCCUUUCCUCAACAGGCGCACCAUUAGGACCGAGGCGGUGAAAGGAUGCAUAUGGCUAUUUGAACAAGAGCAAGCAUUGGGCUUUAGCAGUGUCUCUACGAAUAUCCGGAUGACAGUUAUUAAGCUCAAAUCUGGAGGAUUAUGGGUCCAUGCACCCAUUGCUCCGACAAAGGAGUGUAUUGAGCUUGUGAAGGAAUUAGGGGCGCCGGUUGAGUGUAUUGUCCUGCCUACAUUCGCAUACGAGCAUAAAAUUUUUGUUGGCCCGUUUUCAAGGAAAUUCCCAAAGGCCAGAGUAUGGGUAGCACCAAGGCAGUGGAGUUGGCCACUCAAUUUGCCCCUAGAGUUUUUUGGAAUAUUUCGUGCUAAAACAUUGAAAGACGAGGAUUUAUCAACCCCGUGGGCCGACGAGAUUGAGCAGAAGGUCUUGAGCUCACCAGAAGUUGGAAUUGGGCCGUAUGUUGAGGUAGCUUUUUACCACAAGCGCACGAGAACUUUACUUGUAACUGAUGCUGUAAUAUUCGUCCCUAGAAAGCCACCGGAUUGUAUUAGCAAAGACUCCUUGUUAGCAUCUGCAAAGAACGGAUUGGCAGUGAAGAUCCUGAGUAAGGGGAAGGAAGUGCCGGAGGAGCCUGUUGUCGACAAUAACAUGAACCGUCAGAAAGGGUGGGAAAGAAUGGUCCUCCAAAUUUUGUUUCUUGGCCCAUCCAAUCUUUUGGAACCGAAUGCCAGCUUUUCUCAGAUGUCACAGAAGCUGAUUGUUUCUCCCAUUGUGAAGACACUAGUCUUCAGCAAGGUCCCUGAAAAGGUUAGAGAUUGGAUUGACAGUAUUGCACGGGACUGGAGAUUCAAGAGAAUAAUUCCUGCUCAUUUUGCUGCGCCAAUAAAUGCCAGCAGAUCCGAUUUCUUUGCAGCAUUUGCAUUUCUAGAUGAUCUGUUGGGCGAGCGAUACGUGACUCGACCAUCACUGUCUCUUCUGUUCACAUUACUCUUGGGCAAGGCCGCUAGUUACUUCCCUCCGGAUGACAUGAAGACCCUGUCAUCCCUCGACCAGUUUUUGGUCUCUGUCGGAGUUGUGAAGAAGACCGUCUCAGGGAGGAAACGGCCAUUACAAACAUAACCUUAUAUGUGAACUGCUAUCGUCAGCAAAUGAAGAUUUGUUAAAACCCUGGAUAAUUUGGAGUUGAUAGGAUAAUUUUCAUGCCAUCUACUCAGAAAAUGAAAGAGGAAAUGUACUUAGCAGGAACUUCUUGUUUAGCAUUCUUAUAUGAUACAAGAUCAAUGCUAUAGUUCGAAAGUUGCUGCUUUUA